AGAGAGCAGAGGAGCUCUGAGGUAGACAUGGCGGCGGACCCGAAGCCGGACUGGCUCUCCUGCCUUCCCUCUUCUUGGAGUUAUGGGGUGACUCGGGAUGGACGCAUUUUCUUCAUCAACGAAGAAGCAAAGAGUACAACCUGGCUGCAUCCUGUUACUGGAGAGGCUGUGAUCACGGGCCACAGAAAAACUCCAGAUUUACCAACAGGAUGGGAGGAAGGAUACACAUUCGAAGGAGCUCGCUGCUUCAUCAACCACAAUGAGCGGAAGGUGACCUGCAAGCACCCGGUGUCAGGCGUCCCCUCCCAAGACAACUGCAUCUUUGUCGUAAAUGAACACAUGAACUGUAGAAAACUUGUUCAUCCUGACAAGCCCACAGAGGCUCUCGACAGGCCGGCCCCCAAGGCUUCAUCAGAGCAGGGCAGCAGCAGCGACAAGAAGGAACGUCCCAUGAGCACCAUGAGCGAGGCAUCAAACUACACCGGUGGUUCUGACUACAGCACCUUCCCAGGCAGCCCAGCCACCACAGUCACCACAGGAACCACCACCACCACCUCCACAUCAUCCACACGGCCGUCCAGAUCUUCCAAAAAAGUCCACAACUUUGGGAAGAGGUCAAACUCCAUCAAGAGGAACCCCAAUGCUCCGGUGGUGAAGAGCAACUGGCUUUACAAACAGGACAGCACGGGCAUGAAGCUGUGGAAGAAGAGGUGGUUUGUUCUGUCCGACAUGUGCCUCUUCUACUACAGAGAUGAGAAGGAGGACAGCAUCCUGGGAAGUAUCCUUCUGCCAAGUUUUCACAUCUCCAUGUUGUCGGUGGACGACCAUAUCAGCAGGAAGUACGCUUUCAAGGCCACUCACCCCAACAUGCGGACGUACUACUUCUGCACUGACACAGCCAAAGAGAUGGAGUCGUGGAUGAAAGUCAUGACGGAUGCUGCUCUCGUGCACACUGAGCCGGUCAGGAGAAUGGACAAGUUGAAAGUUGACCAGCGGACGCCGCAGGAGCUGAACAACUUACUGAACCACAGAGUCCUGACCCGGCCUGAGAUCCAGAACAACGAACGCAACCGCGAGCCUCUGCGUCAACACUCCCUGUCCCGAGUAGACGACAAACGGCGCAAAGAAGAGAAACACAACAGCCAGAGAGAGAGGGAGUACUACACCUUACAGCGAGAUGGGGAGAGGUACUCGCUGAAGAAGGAUGGAGUAAGCUACACCCUUCAGAAGGAUGGGGAGAGAUAUCUCCUCCACAAGGACGGAGAGAAGUAUCUACUGCGGAAAGAUGGUGAUAAAACCUACCUACAUAAAGAUGGGGAGGUGUGCGCCAUUCACCGAGAGCUGGAGAAGUACGCUGUCCAGAAAGUGGAUGAAAAGUACACAGUGACAGCGACGGAGGAGAGAUACGCUCCAUCUAAAGAUGGAGAGAAGUAUCUGCUCACGAAGGAUGGAGAAAAAUAUGCACUGCAGAAAGUCGGAGACAGACACAUGCUCCAGAAAGAUGUGCCGAAACCCCCUCCGCCUCAUAAAGAAGUGAAGAGACAGCUGUCGUUAAAGGAGACGGAGAGGUACAGCACCAUGAAAGCAGACAGUAAAUAUGGAACGAUACAAGUGGUGGAUAAAUACGGCACUGUGAGGGAGGUGAAGAAGUACGCCACGCUUCGAGAAGGAGAUAAAUACGCCAUGCUCAGAGACUCAGAGAAGUACGCCACAGUUCGCGGUGGAGAUAAAUACGGCUUCCAGAGAGACCCCAGCGCAGAGCGGACUCUCACCAAAAUCAGCAGCAUCAAGCUGCAGCCGGCUCAGGCCGCCGCCAUCGCCGCUGCUGUGUCUGCGUCCCGCCAGGCCAACCUCAACGCCCAGAAACCUGUGCAGGUAAAUGGCUCGGGGUCGACACCAGGGGAGCUCACAGAAGACUGCAGCCCAGCGGAGGUGGAUACUACCCAAACGACAGUGAAGUCCCCUGUUCCAGUCCAGGAGCCAGGACCGGGAGCGGGUCUGUCCAGGACUAACUCCAUGCAGCAGUUGGAGCAGUGGGUGCGCACGCACAGAACAAGAGGCGUGGAUGACGACGCCAGGAGUGUAACGUCCUAUCAGACCUUACCCAGGAACAUGCCCAGCCACCGUGCUCAGAUCGUCCCCCGUUACCCAGAAGGCUACCGUACACUCCCCCGCAACAGCAUGAUGAGGCCGGACAGUAUCUGCAGCGUGGCGGGAUCAGUAUACGACCGGGCCCUACGUCCCGCCUCCACCAGCACCGUGAUGACCACAGCAGAGAAAAGGCGGUCAAUGAGAGAUGACACCAUGUGGCAGCUGUACGAGUGGCAGCAGAGGCAGGCGUUCUCCAGGCAGAGUUUAGCUCAACCAACAGCGGUCAGUCAUUAUGGCACCCUGCCCAGCACAAAGACCAUGGGCAACAUCUCUGAGCACGCCGUGGCACACUCCAUCCCCACGUCUCCGUCUCACGGCUCCCUGGCUCUCUACAGCACUUUUUCCCCUCCCCGCCAGCAGGUCGCCCACAACCCCAGCACGCCCCACUCCGAGGUGUCCUCACCUGUCUUCAGAGGGGACGUGACGCUGGACCCCCGGCACAGAGCACACCUCACCAAGUACGGCUUCCAACCAGACCGACGAUCCAUCGCAGGCAGCGUUCCAGCUCAGACCAUCACUGCCCAGUCUCUGCAAGGCAAGACGCCGGAGGAGCUCACCCUGAUGCUGAUCAAGCUCCGCCGGCAGCAGGCGGAGCUCAACAGCCUGCGGGAACACACAGUAGCUCAGCUAAUGGCCCUUGGUUUGGAGGGGCCCAACGCUAAGACUGAUGUUCUUUCACAUCAUCUCCAGAGGAACCUCAUUUACCUGGAGAGCCAGACGAAGGAAAACGAGCCUCUAAUCUUCAUGAUUCACACAAUGAUCGAGAACUCGGCACCGAGGCCGCAACUCUACCAGCAAAUCAGCCCAGAAGACUACAAAGACAGCUCUUUCGUCCAGCCAACUGAAGAGGCCGACAUAGAUACCAAGCUGAGCAGAUUGUGUGAGCAGGACAAGACGGUGAGGAUGCAGGAGGAGAAACUGCAGCAGCUCCACAGAGAGAAGCACACUCUGGAGACGGCACUGCUUUCGGCCAGUCAGGAGCUGAGCGAGCAGGGCGGCACGAACGCUGCAGCCACGCAGAGUCUGAUCCAGCAGAGAGACGUGCUGCAGAACGGACUGCUCAGCACCUGCAGGGAGCUCACCAGAGUCAGCACAGAGUUGGAGCGCUCCUGGAGGGAGUACGACCGGUUGGGGGCAGACGUUACACUGGCAAAAACCAACCUGCUGGAGCAGCUGGAGGCUCUGGGCAGCCCGCAGACAGAGCCUCCGAGCCAGCGGCACAUCCAGAUCCAGAAGGAGCUGUGGAGGAUUCAGGAUGUGAUGGAGGCUCUGGCCAAAAACAAACCACAGCGCAGCACGGACAGCAAUUUUCCUGGCUCCAAACCACUCUCCAGCCAACAGAAGAAUGAGGCAGUGACGCUGCUCCCGCUCAGUCCUCCAAAGGAGGGCGAGGGCGUGCCCCCACGCCCGCCCCUCCCUCAGUACUACGACUCCACAGAGCGCCCCCCUCAUGUGCCCCCCCACCACCCACACACCAGCGGCCGAAUGCCCCCCCACACGCACCGAUCCGAGGACCGUAAGGCGGGCUCCAGGAACGGAGCGCACAGCCAAGCUCCAGACUACAGGCUGUAUAAGAGUGAGCCGGAGCUGACCACUGUGAAGGAGGAGGUGGACGAGGCCAAUGGGGAGGACAAGGACAAGACAGAGACAUCUAUGGAGAGUAAAGAGCCCGCAGCUUCUAAAGCUCCCCCCUACCCAGUGGGCAUUGUUCCUCCCAGAGCCAAAUCUCCCAUGAGCCCCCCUGAGUCCUCCACCAUCGCCUCCUACGUCACCCUGAGGAAGACGAAGAAGCCUGAGCCCAGAUCGGAUCGACCGAGGAGCGCCGUGGAUCAGAUGGGAUACGGCGAGCGGGAGGUGGGCAGGACGAGGAUGAGCGUAGAGGAGCAGUUGGAGAGGAUGAGGAGGAAUGCAGAGGCCACAUCACUCCGAGAAAAGAGGAGAGAAACCCCAUCUCGAUCGCCCUCCUUCAGCAAAGACAACCCCUUCCUAACCUUGCAGAAUCGGGUGCAGGCAGACGGAGCCUGUGCUGACCCCGUGGAGCUGGAGGCAGCUCUGCAGCAGCUGAAGGUGUCCAACCUGGAGCAGAGCCGAGACGCUGACGACACAGAGGAGACCGAUAAGGAGCAAACAACACAGGAGGUGCAGAGAGUGGAGGAGGUGACAAAUGACGAGAGUGAGGAGGUGCAGCAGGACGAGGACGUGACCCUGCAGAGUGUGAAGGAUCUACCGACGGAGACAAACAGCAUCGAUAACGAGUUGUGUGAGAGCCAAAGGGUGGUGAUUCUGGACCUGCACACGGAGCCUCAGCGUGUGGAGAUCGUCAACUUUCAGCCUUUUGAGGAUGAUGAGAGCCGAGACCAAGAUCUGACCAGCUCACCCACAAACACAACCACUGAAAACAGCUUUCAGACUCCGGAGCCGGAGACGCCGAGCCCGGAGCCACGAGAGGAGGAGCCGGAGGUGACGCCGCAAAACAUCAGCGAGGAAAAACUGGAGAAGAGUCUGGACUCCAACAAUCAGCUGACGGCAGACGACAAGAAACUCAACAACAACAACAACAACAUGCUGCCUGCGCAGACAUUCACCUUAGUGAGCAGCGACACGUGAGCGACACCGGCCUCGACGUCCAUGCCGGCGCCCCCGUAAAAGCCCAAAUGUAGCCAGCCUGCACCGAGCAUGCUCCAUGGCUUCUUGCGUUUACAACAGAACUACUUUGAUACUACUGUUAACAUGCCCACAAGGAGACUGAGACCGAGAGGAUGACCAGCCUGAGAGCGGACUGAUCACUGAGAUGUCGCCAUCACACCCUGACGAAGAGAGAGAGAGGCUGACGUACUGCACCUUUAGCUCCUGUUAGAUCUGUCCAUUCUGUAUGAAACUAAACAAUUCUAUGGAGUCCUGUUGGUCACAAAACAUUUCUGCAUGUAGAAGCUGCAUUGUGAAAUGGUUUUGUUGUGAAAUGUGUCUCUUUUGGCUAAAAUACAAAACAGAUAAAAUUAAUUAACUUUUUCACUGUUAUGUAAAAGACGCUCCUACAUUCAGGCACAUGGUUAUUUUAGGAGUUUGUAUCAAUACAGUAUGGCUGCAGACUGUUUAUUUCUAAAGGCUACUCUCGUCAUAGCAAGCUUAGCUCACAUAGCGCUGUUAGCUGCGUAAGCUGCGCAGAUAACAAAGCUUGGUAGCUAAUGGACCUUAAGCUGAGCUAACAAGGCAGCUACAUUAGCUACAUAGGUACAUUAGCUGCAAAGCUAGGAAUCUUUAGCUAUGUUUGCUUUAGCUCACAUUACUGAAGCUCUAGUCACAAAAGCUAACUUAGCUAUAGAUAACAGAGGCAUAACAUAGCUAUGUAGCCAGCGUAGCUAAAGCUAAACUCACAAAGCAGUUAUGUAAGCUGUGUAGGUACAUUAUCUGUGUAGCUAAGCUAGCUUUAGCUAUAUUUGCUAAAGCUCAUGUUGCUAAAGCUAACUUAACUAUAGAUAAAAGAGCGAAUGUAGCUAAUUUAUUUUAAGCUAAGCUCACAAAGCAGCUACUGUAUGUAAGCUGAGUAGGUAAGAUAUCUACAUAGUUACAUUAGCUUUGGCAGUAUUUGCUAAGCUCAAGCUGCUAAAGCUUAUUUAGCCACAUUGGCUUAACCGUAAUCAUAGCUAGCGUAGCUAUGCUAGCCAUCGCAAAAGCUAUCAAAGCUGAAACAAGCCACCCUUCAUGUUAAUACUUCUAAAACUUUUUUGAAUAAUUUAAUCUCAGAUUAGAACUGUGACACUUUCUCUGCUUUACUUGUUAAAUGUUAGCUUGUAACCUUGUUAUGCGGUUAUUUCAUGAAUGCAACUGCCAGACUUUGUUCUCGAAUACAGCUGAAUUUAAAAAUAAUCUAAAACUGGAAAUAUGUUGUACUAUUUCAGAGAGAUAAGGCACCUUUGAUGGUCCGUGAGAGUGGCCGUCAGAAAUGUACGGUCUGCAGCCAGACCCGUCUCGUUUUAUUGGUCGUGAUGAGCAUUUAUACAGAUUUCAACUAGAGAAUCUAUUUUAAGAUUUUGUAGUCAAGCAGAGUUUAAAAUCAAACUUAAGGCUCGAGUUAGAGAUGAGCGUUGGCUCAGUUAGCUAACAUCUGGAAUUUUACAAUCUUUAUCUUAGCUUUGAUGCCCAUUAAUAAUAGAAUUAUAUAAAAAUUGAUUAAUUGAUUUAUAUAAUAUGAUUAAUAAUAAACAAAACAUUAUUUUAUGAGAACUGUUGAAGCCUAAUAGGUGUCCUAACAGCACAUGAGUGUUUGCAUUUGUGAAAUAUCUACGUCUCUGCUCUGUGAAGUUCAGUAUUCCUUCGUUAAUGGUAUGAACGCUCGUGCUUUUAUUUUGAAGGUGGAGAAAUGGCAGUUGGUGCUUUGUAUUGACGAGCCUUUGUUUUUAAGGAGCUGUGUAGUUUUGCCUACACAGUGACACAGGACAAAGCUUAAUAUUUCAGUCAUGAAUAUGAAUUUUAACAGUGCACAACUAUCUCCACUUUGCAGAGCUAAUAAACUGUGUGAAUGAGAGAAAAGAAGGAAGAUCAAGAAAACCCUCCUGCGUGAUACUCCCAUAUUCUCAUCUCUGAGCCAACAAAAAAGGAAAUUCAAAGGAGUCAGGGUUAAAUUGAUUAUGUUUGCAUCACUUAUGGGCAUCACUUUAUUAGUACACUCCAAUAGAGAACUUGAACAAUUACAACUUUCUUCUAAUAUUAUGACCGGGUUAUUCUUGAAAUUUUCUUACUCUGUUCUUUAAAUAUUAAGAUCAGUUUAGCAAGAAAAUUGUCUAAUUUUAACCAAAUUUUAAAGUAUGGGAAACCACAGAUAUUAGGACAGUUUCAAAUAUUUUUUCAGCCUUAAAUCCUCAAACAACACUUUACGGUUCAGCCAGAUUUUGAGACCGCACACCUGCUUAAUCGGAAUCUUUGGAAGGGUGAAUGCUGGCCUAAAAUUAAGCUCAAAGUUGUCCAGUAUGUCAUUGGCCUCAUUCUUGAUAUGUUUUGAUAUCAAUUUUAAAAAUCGUACAAUUUUAUACUUGAAAUAAACCAACUCUAUCCUUAAAAUGUCCCAACUUAAUAACUGAAAUAAUCCGCCUUUAUUCUCGAUUAAUACAGAUUUUAUUAAUAUGGAUUUUAUUACUUUAUUUUGAAAUAAUAAUAUAAAUGUAUCCCUGAAAUAUAAGGAGCUUAUCCUUGAAAUAUAAUGUCUUUGUUCUUGAAGUAUAAUAAUGACUUCAUCCUUGAAAGUGUAUGGCUUUAUACUGGAUAAAGAACAUCUGUCCUUGGUUUAAUAAGACUUAAUAUUUAAAAAGAUAUUUUAUUUUUGAAAUCUGAUGACUUUAAAAAAAAAGCUCAAUUUUCUUUAUCCUUGUAACACUAUGACUUUAUUCUCUAAAAGUUAUGGAAAUUUGCUUAAAAUAUUAUGACUCUAUCCUUGAAAUAUUAGGACUUUAUUCUUAAAAUAAUAACUUUAUACUUAAAAUAUGAUUAAUGUAUUCUGGAAAUAUCAUAUCAACUUUAUUCUUGAAUUUUUAUGACUCUAUUAUUGAAACACUAUGCAUUUAUUUUUGAAGUAUUCUGAAGAAUUAAUUCUUUAAAUAUUACAUCUAUACCCAUCAGUUAAAUAUUACAUUGACUUUAUCCUUAACAUAUAUUGAGGCUCUGUUCUAAAAUAUAAAAACUUCUUUAUUUCUGCAACAUUACAACUCUAUUUUUUUAAAAUAAUGACAAUAUUAAUCUUGAGAUAUUACAAUGAUGACAUUCUUGAAAAUAAUAUGGCUCUAUUUGAAAAAUGUUGACUUUAUUUUAAAAAAUUAAAUCCAAAUUUUCUCCCAUGUUUAUCCUUGCAACACUAUGACUUUAUUCUUUAAAUAUUUGGACUUUAUACCCAAAAUAAGACUUUCUUCUGCUUUUCUCCUGUUAACACUGGCUUAAUUUUUGUAAUUUUGCAGCUUUAUUUCCAAAAUCUCAGGCUUGUUUUUUUUUUAAAAGGCCUUCAUGCACUUAUACUUGCUUUUAGUUGUUGCCGUUGCAGUUUUAAAUUGUUUAAUUCUUAAAUCUGAAGGACACUGAAAGUUUCUCCUCAUGGACUUGGUUAGAGUUAAAGUUUUAUAUCAAUCUUAUUUAGAAACAAACCAUUUCACAAUGCUGCUGUUGUUUCGUGGAUGAUGGAGCUCCAUAGAAAUGUGUUUCUGAAAACAUACACGCUCACAUUAAUAUACAGAACUUUUUAUAAGUAUUAAAUCAUCUUAUUCUUAGAGUAUUCUUCUGAGGUGGAAGAGGGAUAUUAGCUGUGACCGGGCUGCUGGAGGCGAGUGUACAGCUGUAUAUAGGAGUGAUGGGCUAAGCACCAAAUCUCGACACACAUGCAGUGCUUUACUUUAACCCCAAAGUGACCGCCAAUGCUCUUGGUUGUUUUUGAACGUGCUCUGAGUUUGAUUGGUUUGAGAGCGGAGGCUCCCUUAUCGCUCUGUUUCCUCUUCUUUUUGCACCUGCCACAUUACAGAUGAUCCUUCAUGGAUUUAUAAAUAUAUAAAAAGUAUAUAUAUGAACAUAAAGCAUAUUUUUACUUCAACAAGGUGCCACUUCAUGCUGCUGUUUUUCUCUUUGUUUUGGACAGACAGUAUUCUGCAGAGGUUGUGAGUAUUUAUGUUGAGCAGACACUCGGUAUGUGAAUGUUUGUCUCUUUUUGUUUUUUUCUCUGUUUGGUUUACACGGCGUAGGAGAUAGACGGGAAAAAAGCCGAGGACGUGACACGGAUUAGACAUUAUUUUCUGUCCUAUGUGGUGAAGAAUCAGAGAAUAGCACACGUACGAAGCAAUAAGUCGGACUUUGGAGCUCCAGGACAUAAAAAGAAAUUUAAAAGAGAUGUAUAAACUGUAAAAAAUAAAGAAAAAAAGUUAAGAGGAGAAAACAUAAUUUAUGUACACACUGAAAAGAAGAGCGAAUAUUAUAACUAUAAGAGGUUAUUAUUAAUAUUAUUAGGGUCAAUAUGCAAAAAGUUCAUACCCCAUCU